AUGUGCGCUGGAUCGACCGUGUAUUCUCCGCUUAAACGCGAGGGAGUGAAGGCUGGUGACCGUGUCGGCGUCGUGGGGAUCGGCGGCUUGGGUCACCUCGCGUUGCAGUUCAUCGUGCACUCGAUGCGACUCCGAUUGCUUUCUCAACGUCAACAAAGAAAGAAGAAGAGGCAAGAGAGUUCGGUGCAACCGAGUUCUACAAUCUCAGCAGUCCGGAAGAUUCGCAGCAUCCAAGACGUUGCUGAUACUCUCAAGCUUGCAGCCGAGAAAAACGUGCGCCCGAUUGUAGAGAACCUACCGAUGGAUCAAGUGAACGAAGGUAUUGAGCGCAUACAAGAAGGAAAAGCUCGCUACCGCAUCGUGCUGGAAAACUAG